AUUAGUCGGCCGCUCUUAAAAGUCCGAUUUUUGUCUAAUCUUACCGCACCCCCACAGCCCAUCGCACACAUCGGCCUCACCACCUAACUCAUUAUCUGCUUUAGUCUUCACUAAAAAAGUCCAACCACCUAGCUUUUUUUUCCCUGGUUUGGUUCUCGCACUCGCUCCCUUUCCAUCUUCCUGCUUCCUUCUAGUAAACGGGUCUUGCCGUGUCUCCCUCACGUCACGCCCUCAACGACCAAGUCAGACGCAGACCCAAAACCAGUCCAGCACGACUCAAAAACAACAAGCAGAAGAGCUGAACCGCCUGCUCCGUCUGCUCGCUGGUGUCCUCGUACAAAACUCCAGUUUGCGCUCUCUCUCUCAACCGUCUCCUUGCAAGACAAUACGCCCCACCCACCCCUCUUCAUCGACCUCGCCACAACUAAAUAGAUAUACCGCCGUCUUUCCCUACCGGAUCGAAGCUUCACUCCCGGGCUUUCUUCCCUUCUCGUGGACUCGUUCGAUCCGUUUGCAAACUUCCAAUACCCUCCCUUUAGAUACAGUUGGCAGGCGUGCCAGAACGGGAGACAUCUGCCAAGAUGACAUCUCACGAUACCCUGAAGGCGACUUUCGCCCGUCGCGCCGAAUCGGCUAGUCACCCGCUCACGGCUUACCUGCUCCGCUUGAUGGAUUUGAAGGCGUCCAACCUGUGCCUCAGUGCCGACGUUGCGACUGCAAGAGAAUUGCUCUACCUGGCCGACAAGGUCGGCCCUUCCAUCGUCGUGCUGAAGACGCACCAUGACAUCGUCGCUGGGUGGGAUUACAACCCGCAGACCGGCACCGGUGCCAAGCUCGCCGCGAUAGCCCGUAAACAUGGCUUCCUCAUUUUCGAGGAUCGCAAGUUCGGCGACAUUGGCAAUACGGUCCAGAUGCAAUACGUUGCUGGCUCGGCACGAAUAAUCGAGUGGGCUCACAUUACCAACGUCAACAUGGUCCCGGGCAAGGCCGCAGUUACAGCUCUGGCCGAGGCCGCAGCACGCUGGCGCGAACGAUACCCCUACGAAGUGAAAACGUCGGUCACGGUCGGAACGCCGAGGUCGGAGAGCUUCGACGACUACGAGGACAGCGGAGACGGUCACGAACACACGAUUGGCACGCCGCGGCCAUCCGAUGUCAACGGACGCAAGGGUAGCAUCGUGUCCAUCACGACUCUGACACAACACUUCGAGCCGGCCCCUUCUCCUCGUUUCCCGAGAAACGAGUCCCACAACUCCGACGAGGUCUUGUACGCGGGUAUCGAGGAGGCACCCAUGGAUCGCGGCCUGCUCAUCUUGGCGCAGAUGUCGAGUGCCGGCAACUUCAUGAACAAGGAAUACACCCAGGCUUGCGUCGAAGCCGCGAGGGAGAACAAGGAAUUCGUCAUGGGGUUCGUGUCUCAAGAGAGCCUCAACACAGAACCGGAAGAUUCCUUCAUCCACAUGACGCCUGGCUGCCAACUGCCACCGGAGGGUGAUGAAGAGAAUGGCGGUGUCGCAGGAGACGGAAAGGGGCAGCAGUACAACACGCCUCAGAAGCUCGUCGAGCUCUCGGGUACCGAUAUUGUCAUCGUCGGACGUGGUAUCCUAAAGGCCGGUGACCCUCAAUCGGAGGCUGAGAGAUACCGCAGGAAGGCCUGGAAGGCGUAUCUCUCCCGGGUAGCGUAGGCUACUCUCGAUUCCACCCAUCCACUCACACACUUACACACACACACACACACACAUACACCCAAACCCAAAUCAAAUACCCAGGCGUGUUUAUUCUUGUUGUUAAUUCGGGCCGCACCGACAUUGGGGGCUUUUCUGGGGCCUUGUGAUUUGCAAGAGCGACCCCAUUGUCCGCUGGUUUUCGCAUCUUUUGGGUCUGCAAAUGAUGUUCAUGUUGUGACAGAAAUGGUAGUCAAAAUCGGCACUGAGGCGAAUUCUUAGACGGGGACGCGGUGGUCCGGGACGGGCUCAAACCACAAAAAAAAGGGUGUGGGGUAUUGGCGUUGACAUUGAUCAGGUCUACGGGCGGAAGCUAUCAAGUGGACAGUCGCAGUUGAUAUAUCACUGAAUUGACCGUCUCUGCUGCAAACAUUGUUCAUGCCUCGAUCUCCGGCUCUGCUGCAAGCCCU